AUGAAGUCCGAGGCUUCCGUCAUUUCCGACUUGGUUCUACUUUCAUCUGUUGGUCUUCGGGUUAUUUUGGUUCAUGGUGGAGGUCCUGAAAUCAACCAGUUCCUUGGUCGAUUAGGGCUCGAUGCCAACUUUGUCAAUGGACUCCGGGUCACUGAUGCCGCGACCAUGGAAGUCGCCUCAAUGGUUUUUGUAAGAAAAGUAAACAAGCAUCUUGUUGCUUUGAUCAACAAGGCUGGAGCUACUGCCGUCGGGUUAUGCGGGAUUGAUGGUCAUCUUCUCACUGCAAGGCCUUGUCCUGAUUCCGAUCAACUCGGCUUUGUCGGGGAUAUUGCCAGUGUGGAUCCUUCAAUACUACAACCGCUCAUUGAUAACAAUCACAUACCAGUGAUUGCCUCUGUUGCUGCGAAUGAAACCGUUGAAAUUUUCAUUCGGGUGGAAGAGGCAGAGCAGGAAAAAGGCAUUCUUCAGAUUGAAGGUUGGAUGGUUGGACUGAACGGGAGCAGGACAGAGGCAACCCAUUUAGCCUGCACAGAUGGGUACGGCAGAAGGGGGCAAGCGCCCAUAAGAGAUGACGAGUCAAUGUCAUGGAUUUACCGAGUUGCCCAUUUGCGUCCAACAUUGUAUGUAGAGGUUGCAGAUGAACCUGUUCAAGAUGUUGGGGAAGGAACUUGUGGUGGUCAGUAUGAUGGUGCAGGGACUAGUGGUGUUGGUGGUACAGAUGAAGAUGGCGAUGAGACAGAAGGUGACGUACAGGCAAGCAGUGACGAGGAGUAUGUGUCGUUCGAUGAGUCUGAUGAUGAUUAA